AUGCAUAUGUCCCGCGUACUGCAGUCGGCCAUUUCUAUACUCCCUUUACUAAACCUUCAGGCCGUGACGGCGAUCUCACCGGACACUGCGCCUGCAACUGCGACGGCGACGGCGACGGCGACUACAGCCCCAACCGCAAUUGCGACGACCUUGGAGUACGAAGAGCACGAUUAUGCCAAUGGCACAGUCCUAGAGAAACGCUGCGCAAAUCCCUGCGGCUACUAUAGCCAGCUCUGCUGCAGCUCUAGCGAGUCAUGUAGUACCAACAGCAACGGCCAAGCCGAGUGCGUAAGUGCUGGCAGCGGCGGCAGCUGGGAGUAUUUCACCACAACCUAUGUCCAAACCGAGACGGAGACUGCUACGUUCACUUCCACAUGGAGCAGCUAUAUCUCGGCAACUUCGUCCGGCUCCAGCUGCGAUGCCAGCGUUGGGGAGACUAUCUGCGGUAGUGACUGCUGCGGCCCUGCGUACGUCUGCUACAGCAACCAGUGUAUUUUGGGAAGUACAUCCAUUUGGCCCACGGAGACUGCCACGCCGGCCGUCCGAGGCACGACUUUAUCGACAGCCACACAAACGGCCUCAAUAACAACCACUCAGGGCUUUAUUGCUCCCGUCAACACGGCCGGCUCAACGGUGAUCGGAAUGAAGGCUUCAAGUGGUGGAUUGAGUGGUGGUGCGAUUGCAGGCAUCGUCAUCGGAACAAUUGCCGGCGUCAUCCUACUGCUGCUACUAUGCGCUUGCCUGUGCUGCCGUGGUAUUCUGGACUCUCUCUUUGCUUGUCUGGGCUGCGGUCGUAGAAAGAGAAAGGAGACGACCUACGUCGAAGAGCGUUACCAUCGUCAUUCGCAUGCGCAUGGCGCCGCUCGGCCCGAGGGACGGACCUGGUUCGGAAGCCGGCCAGCAGCGGCAGCAGCAUCGACUGCAGGGGAGAAGAAGAAAUCUUCCUGGAAUGGUUUGGCUACCGUUGGAAUCAUACUGGGUGCGCUUGCGCUGUGCCUGGGCUUGAAGAGAAGCAGAGACCAUCGCGACGACGAUGAGAAGACGGAUUACACAUACCCAAGUAGUUAUUACUACUACUCCGACUAUUAUACCAACGACGGCAGCGAAAUCACUGAUGACCGGCGCACACGGGAGACAAGACGCUCCAGACGAUCUCGUACGCGCUCACGAAGAUGA